GUGUGUGUGUGUGUGUGUGUGACAUCGUGACCACACAGUGCCUCAGCACGUCAGAUAAGAGGCAUGGAGAUGGUUUAAAAAGCCAAAGCCAGAGUGACCUUCUCACAGCUCUCAUCUCCAUUCCACACUGAAGCUGGACACCAUGAAGCUCCAGACCGUCAUCCUUUCAGCUCUUCUCAGCUUUUGCUCUUCAGCUCCAAUCCUCCGCCAGCAGCUUGGAAUAAUCGCCAGUAACAGCAAUGAGAUUGUGCGCCUCCCAGGACUCACGCUCGCCGGCGUCGGUUUGGGACAAACACAAGUCCAGGGCACUCAGUUCCUCUCUCCGUUCCUGAUCCAGUCCCAGCCUGAUCUCCUGAUGCCUCCUCACCUGCUGAAUUUUGGUCCUCAGUUUCCGGGUCAGUUCCUGACCCCACAACAGAACCUGCCCCCGUUACUGCUGCCCUCUUUUCAGCAAGAGCAGCCCACAGGGUCAAACAACCCCAACAACCCUCCCCCCAACAACCAGGACCCCGCCCAGGUGGUUCCUCAGUACUUCCCGUUACCUCAGGCACCAGCAGGACAGGGUUUUCGGUAUUAUAUAAGUUAUGGAUUCCCUUCAAGAAACACGCUGCCCAUAUUCCCGCCCAAUCAGAACACGGCUAAUAAAAAUAUGGCCAAUCGGAACCCAGUCGGGCCCACUAAAGUCCCUCAGCCUGUGCAGAAUAACGGGAAGGUGGUGGAGCCGUGGCACAUGACUCCGCCCCCUGAAAACCGUGGUGAUCGUCCUGGGCGUGGUGUAGAGGGGGAUCCUGCGUUAGCUUUUUUCCAGCCGUAGACCUGAAGAGAAACGUGUCCGAGUGAAAGCUUAAACAUCUCAGAACGUCACGUCACGUGACGCAAUUCUUUGUGUAACUGUUAUAACAGCUUAUUACUCUGCAUCACCUGUAUGACCUGAGAAUAAAGACUUCAUUAUAAUGAG